AUGUUGCUACGUAUGAUGGAGUAUAAAAGGUAAAGUGCCACCCAUAUAUCGUCAUAUCUACACCCAGAAAGUGGAUGUUGCAAUGGCGUGUUGGAGAAUCGCGAUUCUGGUGGCGAUACUUCUGUUUUCUCUCGGCGUUCAAGGUGGCGACUACUUUCAUUGUCACCGUAAAGGUCAGGACUGCGCUAACAGUAAAACGUGCAACGACGACGGCAGCUGUGAUUGUGGCAGCGACUACAUUGGCUAUGGCUGUGGCCUGGCUACGAGUAAGAAGGGCCAAUCCCCAUGUAGCAGUGAAACUGAUUCGUGUGGCGCAGAUGGCGGACUUUGCUAUAGCACUGGAGCAGCUAAGGACUGUUACUGUCCAGCAGACUCGUAUGGUGACCAGUGUGAAAACAAGCGAUAUACUGUGGAGUGUACGGCGUCGGCCAUGAAGAUCAUGUUGUCUCCAGCUGGGACUUUUAGCGGCGUCAUCUACGUUGCUGGUGAAAAGAAUACGUCAGGUUGUAUGUUCACAGGCUCAAGUGGAACUCUGGACUUACAGGACGAAAGCUGUGGUGACGUCACUACUGACACGGCAACCGGUGACCGGUCUAGAGUUGUGAUCGUACAGUACAGUGAUAAAUACAUCACCGACCUUGACACCAAGCUGACGGUUACUUGUUCAGCCGCAGGAGCAGGCACAGUUGACGUCACGGCUACCUUCAGCAGUCAAGACCCGGAUGGAAACAUCAAAGAACAGGCUAUCAACAACACAUAUCCGGCUGACAUCGACUCAUCCGCUGUAAACUUUGAGAUCAAGCUGAAGGAUGGGACUUCUGUAUCCAGUUCAACCACAGUUUCUUUAAAUGAUCAGCUCAUUUUUGAGUUUGCUGAUAAGCUCCGCUUGAGAGUUGAGUCGUGUACGGCGUCUAACGGUAAAUCUGGUGCAGAUGAGGAGACUCUGAAGCUCAUAGAAAACAGGUUGGUGAUAACACUUGUUUCAUAACAGUGUUACUAUUCA